GCGCUCGCGGUUGGGUGGCGGGCUCGGGCUGCAGCGCCCGGUGCGUGCCGCCACUUCCGCCCGCCCGGGGCCGGCCGGCGAGCUGGGGCAUGGAGAGAUGUCCUUCCCGGGUUGGAGUCGGGGUCCAGUUGAGUGCAAGUCCUUGCCCCUUCACGGGUGAGCCCAGGAGUCUGGGCUGACGGCAUCAGCCCGUAGCUCUGGAGCCCAGGUACAGGAUGAGCACUUGCUGCUGGUGUACCCCGGGCGGGACCUCCACUGUCGACUUCCUGAAGCGCUAUGCAGCCCAGCCAGCCCUGUGCAGCGAGUUCCAGACGGCCAACGAGGACCUCUGCUACUGCCUGGAGUGCGUGGUCGAGUAUCACAAGGCGAGGGACGAGCUGCCACUCUUCCACGAGGUUUUAUGGGAAUUGGAAAUUGUACGGCUCACAAACCAUUUUGAAAAAUCCAUGAGUGCGGAAAUCGGUGAUGACGAUGACGACGAGUUGUACAUUGUGGACAUCAAUGGAGAGGCGCAGCUGUUUGACUUCACCGGCCAAGACUUUGAGAACAAGCUCCGAGUGCCACUUCUGGAAAUCCUGAAAUUCCCGUAUCUGCUCUUACAUGAACGUGUCAAUGAGCUGUGUGUGGAGGCGCUGUGUCGGAUGGAGCAAGCCAACUGCUCCUUCCAGGUGUUCGAGAAGCACCCCGGGAUCUAUCUGUUUCUGGUUCACCCCAACGAAAUGGUUAGGCGUUGGGCCAUCCUGACUGCCAGGAACUUGGGGAAAGUGGACAGAGAUGAUUAUUACGACUUGCAGGAGGUUCUGACGUGCCUGUUUAAAGUGAUUGAGCUGGGGCUGCUGGAGAGCCCAGACAUCUACACUUCCUCUGUUCUCGAGAAGGGCAAGCUGAUCCUCCUGCCCGCGCACAUGUACGAUGUCGCCAACUACAAGAACUAUUGGUUAGGGAUCUGCAUGCUGCUGACCAUCCUGGAGGAGCAGGCCAUGGACUCGCUGCUGCUCGGCUCCGACAAGCAGAACGACUUCAUGCAGUCCAUCCUGCAUACCAUGGAGCGGCCCGCCCAAGAUGAUAGCAUGGAUCCUUUCUGGCCGGCCUUACAUUGUUUCAUGGUGAUCCUGGACCGUCUGGGAUCGAAGGUCUGGGGCCAGCUCAUUGAUCCGAUCGAGGCGUUUCAAACCAUCAUCAACAACGUGAGCUACAACAGAGAGAUCCAGACUAUUCGGAAGAGCUCUGCGAGGCCCAAGUUCGAGCCGGAGCCGUACAUGGCUGACAUGGUGACUUGCAGCCAGAUCGUGUACAACUUCAACCCUGAGAAGACCAAGAAGGACUCAGGUUGGCGCUCGGCCAUCUGCCCGGAUUACUGCCCCAACAUGUAUGAGGAGAUGGAGACGCUGACCAGCGUGCUGCAGUCGGACAUCGGGCAGGACAUGCGCGUGCACAACAGCACCUUCCUGUGGUUCAUCCCCUUCGUCCAGUCGCUCAUGGACCUCAAGGACCUGGGCGUGGCCUACAUCCUGGAGGUCAUCCACCACCUGCACUCGGAGGUCAAGGACGUCCUCAACCAGGCCAACACUGUGUGUGACAAGGUCACCGAGUUCUUCCUGCUCAUCCUGGUGUCCGUGGUCGAGCUGCACAGGAACAAGAGGUGCCUGCACCUGCUGUGGGUGAGCUCCCAGCAGUGGGUCGAGGCCGUGGUCAAGUGCGCCAAGCUCCCGACCAGCGCCUUCGCGCGCAGCAUUGAGAAGUCGGCCACCAGCGGCUCCAAGGGCUCCCCGGUCGUCUCCACGCUGUCCCUGCACAUGGCGCAGGGCAACUCGGUGCAGCUGGCCUGCGUGCAGCUCAUCAGGAGUCUGCUCAAGGAAGGCUACCAGCUGGGCCAGCAGACCCUGUGUAAGCGAUUCUGGGACAAGCUCAACUUGUUCCUGAGAGGCAAUCUGUCCCUGGGCUGGCAGCUGACCGCGCAGGAAACCCAGGAGCUGCAGAUGUGUUUGAAGCAGAUCAUUAGGAACAUCAAGGCCAAGGGCCCGCAGGGUGGCAUGCUUGCAGAGCUGCCGCCUCCAUCCAAAAGCCCUCGGAGAAGUGAAGAAACCGAGAAGCUUCGGAAAGACGUGCCCCCUCCGGAAAGUUCCAGCCCUGCUCCCCCUAAGGAGCCCGGGAGAGUGGGUGGAGGCCCCGUGCACGAAGGGGCGCUGGGGAGAGCACCGAAAACCGUCGAGAAGCAUGAGCCGGGGGCCUCCAGGCUGCAGGGGCCCCUCCCGGUCGCGCCCGCUUUCAAGCAGAGUGGCGAGAGCCGUUAUCCCGAUGGUGCUCCCGAGCCGGGCCAAGGCAGCGCCCAGGGGCAGAGGGCUCUCAGCAACGAUCCCGCCAUCACGCCCAAGAACCGUGCGUCAAGCAGAGGCCUCGAAGGGGAACCGGACAGGGGAUUCGACACAGCCGCACACGGCGAGAACUCCUCUCUCAGGGACGGUACUCUCGGCAAAAACGUAAGAGUUAAAAGCAAGGCACAGAAAGAUGAAUUUUGCGCCAAGUUGUCACAUGUGAUAAAACAGCAACACCGGAAAAGUACUCUGGUCCACAGUGGGGUGAAUCUAGAGGAAACCCUGACCGUGUCCAGCAUCGAGAGCUUCUACUCGAGGAGAGGUGCCGGAGACGCGCGAGGGGACGGAGGCUUCUUGCACAAUCUCUGUGUCGGCCCGCGCAGUGUUCUGGGCGAGAGGAGCAAGGACCUGACCUGUUCCGACACUUCAGUGCUGGAAAAGAAGCAGGUGCUGAACGACGAGCUCGAGACUUGCUCCCACGAACACAGCCACCAGGCCCGGAAACGUGAGAAUGAGAAAGAUCUGGUCUCGCUCAUAGAAGUGACCAGCAGUUUCCUAAGAAAGACCUCGCCCUCUGAGGAGCCAGUGACCACACUGGACUCCCAAGAGGUGGCCGGCAAGCUGGGCAGAGGGGCUCUCGCGGACUUCCAGGAUCGGCCCCUCAGCCCCAGGCCCGACACCCUGACGGACUCGCAGAUCGACCAGGAUCUCUAUGACUUAUCCUUACUGGCGCAGGCCAGCGCGAGCAAGUUCCCGUCCGAGUCCUCUCAGAAGAGCCCCUGCCAGCUUCAGAGGAAGGUCCGGGAGGACAAAAGAUGCUUCACGGCCAAGGCGACCAGCACCCGGGACGUCAGCUCCGACCACGUUAUUAUUAUUUCUGAUUCCGAUGACGAGGAGGACAGUACUCUGAGUGCGAAGAAGCGCGUGAAGGUGGAUCCCGGGGUCCCGGAGGAGGAGGAGGAGGAGGAGCAGGCGGUUUCCACGGCAGACUCAAGCGUGGACAAUGAGGCCCUGAAGGAGGAGCAGACCAAGCUGCUUGAGUUCGAGGAGUCGGACUCUCAGUUUUUCGAGUUUGAGACCCCUUGUGAAGUGUUUUCAGUUUGGCAGGAUCAGAAACAAGACAAGCAUUCAGAUCAAGAGGAUGAGGAAAGUUCCUCUGUGCCGUGUGGCGUGGGAGCCGCCCAGGAGCAGGGCCGGGCCGGCAACACCGUGCCGGGGGGGGCAGCCACGGACGGGCCCGUGGGUGCCCGGGAACCGGCAGGGCCAGGCAUUUCUGUUGAGAUCUGUGAAAUGGAAGCGAAGAAACCGAAGAGGAAACACUUUGAAAAGCCCAGUGCUGAGAAGCCCCAGAAGGCGCCUGCCCCUGCCCGAAGUGGGGAGCAGCCUGACGACCCCCCCGUGGCAGGGCAGGUGGCAAAGGCCGUGAAAAGCGCCAGGGCCGCCCCCACCGCUUCCGUCGUUCCCAGGGCCUCAAAGAAGGCGCCUCCCGGUGCCCGCACCUACUCUGCGCCCGUCCGACGGAGCCCCGUGGCCAAGGGCACCAAGAAGGCCCACUCGGAGCCCCGGAAGGGGCCGGCGAAGACCCAUUACCUCAAGUGUCGGGCCACUCCUGCUGUCAUCCCGCCCAAGAAGUUCCGCCAGUUUCCCGAGCCUGCCUCGAAGGCGGAGCGACUGGGGCUGAAGAAGGCGCCUCGCAAGGCCUUCGACCUGUCCCAGAGGUCGCGCGACAGCAUCUCGGAGCUCCGGGACUACGGCAAGGUGGCCGGGGCAGUCGAUAUCCAGAAAAAGACCAAAUUAAUCGCGCCCCAGAUGCUCUCAGUCAGAAAUAACAAGAAGCUGCUGACCAUGCAGGAGCCACACUUUGUGCGCAGGGCGAUGUGGAGCAGGCUGGGCGUCGGGAAAGGGGGACAGCGCCCCGAGCACUGGGCCGAGGCCCGGCGCCCAGAGCCGGCACCCGCUGACCGCAGACCAGGCCCCGAUGCCUUCGCCGAGGGCCUGGGGAAGCCCUUCCUCAAGACGGACCCCGGGAGGGCCAGAGCCGGCUCUGACGUGAUGGACGGAGGUGUCAGGCUGGCAGACUCGGCGGUGGCGGCCACUGCGGAGCCUGAGCGACACGUGGGGGUGGCUGCCGACCCACAGCCCGAGCCGGACUCCGACAGCGACUCUGAGCUUGAGAGCUUGUUCCUCACCCAGCACGACCCACAGGACAUGGACUUGUGUUCCCAGAUGGAGAGUGACCACAGCACCGCCGUGCAGGGGACGGCUUUGGCCACGGGGCGGGCAGAGUCCCCGCAGGGCCCCAGGUUCGAGCACAAGGACAGUGCAGAGACCGCGAGGGGCCAGGGCACACCCAAGGCCGCCGCCACUGUGUUCCUCAAGCCCACCAUGCCGCCCCCCGGGCCCAAGCCCAGGCCCACCAACACCAAGGUCUUCAGCUCCAGCCACACCUCGCGCCUGGCGAACUUCUCCAGGUCUCUGGAGAGCAGCUCUGCUGCCCCGCGGCCAGCCAAGAGCAAGGCCAGUGGGGUGCUGCCUGUGCCCAAGGCCGGCCCUCCGCCCCCUCCGCCGAAGGCCGCCCCACCUCCGCCCCCGCCCCCACCCAAGCCUGCCCCAGCCCCUGUGCCGCCCACCCUGAAGACCCCGCCCGAGACCAAGGGCCCCUGGAGCAGCGUCUUCUCAGCGCCCACUGCGUCCUCCAGGUCUGUGUUCAGGCCUCCCUUUGCCGAGAACAGGUCCCUGUCCACGGUCUACCCGGCCAGCGUCCAUCUGUCCCCGCAGGCCAUCGCCGAUGCCUUCGUCAAAGAGGUCUUAAAGUGGAAGCUCGACAUGUUCCUGAACUUCAACCAGUGUGGGCCGCCCGCCAGCCUGUGCCAGGCCAUUACCAGGCCCGUGCCCGUGCGCUUCCAGGACUCAGGGGAGUAUUUCAACGUUUUCUUCCCGCUGGUGAUACUGAAUACUUUUGAAACGGUGGCACAGGAUUGGAGCAGCUCUUCAAAUAAGUCCUACUCAUUGCUGUUUCGAAAAUUCCCUGCUAAUCAGAAAUAUUGGGAGUUUGUGGUUCAUCUGGACGAAAGCGAAUUGGCCAAACAGCUUCAUCCCAAGGAAAAUGAUUUGGUGUUCUUGGUUCCUGAGAGACGAGACCGAGACAGGAAGGACACCGAGCGGAAGUACGUGCCGGAGGCUCAGGAGCACUUCUGCGGCUUUGUUCAGAAAUUCCGCCGCACCUCAGCCAUGCGCAGCGGCAAGUCCGAGUGCUGCCUGUCCAUCCAGACGCAGGACCAGCUGCCCCUGCACGUCAACGAGUCCGUGCGCUGCCUCGUCAUCAGCUCCCUGGUAACCACACAGAGGAAGCUGAAGGCCAUGUCUCUCCUGAGUGGUCGGAACCAGCUGGCCAGAGUCGUGCUCAAUCCCAACCCCAUGGACUUCUGCACCAAGGACUUGCUGACGACGAGCUCAGAGAGAAUCACCUCCUACCUGCGAGAUUUCAACGAAGACCAGAAGAAAGCCAUCGAGACGGCCUAUGCCAUGGUGAAGCAGUCGCCGGCCGUCGCCAAGAUCUGUCUCAUCCACGGGCCUCCCGGGACAGGAAAAUCCAAGACGAUCGUCGGCCUCUUGUACCGCCUCCUGACAGAGACCCAGAAGAGGGGCCACUCGGAUGAAAACUCCAAUGCCAAAAUCAAACAGAACCGGGUCCUGGUGUGUGCGCCCUCCAAUGCUGCCGUGGACGAACUCAUGAAGAAAAUCAUCCUCGAAUUCAAAGAAAAAUGUAAAGACAAGAAGAACCCUUUGGGAAACUGUGGAGAUAUCAAUUUAGUACGUCUGGGUCCAGAGAAGUCAAUUAAUACUGAGGUCCUAAAAUUCAGCCUGGACAGCCUAGUCAGCCACAGAAUGAAAAGAGAUUUGCCUUCUCACGUUCAGGACAUGCAUAGGCAGAAGCAGAGCCUGGAUCACCAGCUGGACGAGCUUUCCCGCCAGCGAGCUCUGUGCCGAGGGGCGAGGGAGAAGCAGAGACAAGAGUUAGAUGAUAAAAUUGCCAAGGUUUCGAAAGAAAGGCAGGAACUGGCAUCUAAAAUCAAAGAGGUCCAGGGACGGCCCCAGAAGACACAGAGCCUCAUCAUCCUGGAGUCGCACGUCAUCUGCUGCACACUGAGCACGAGCGGGGGGCUGCUGCUGGAGGCGGCCUUCCGCGGCCAGGGCGGCGUGCCCUUCAGCUGCGUCAUCGUGGACGAGGCCGGGCAGGCGUGUGAGGUGGAGACCCUGACGCCCCUCAUCCAUCGCUGCAACAAGCUCAUCCUGGUUGGAGACCCCAAGCAGCUCCCCCCAACCGUUAUCUCCAUGAAGGCCCAGGAGUACGGCUACGACCAGUCGAUGAUGGCCCGUUUCUACAAGCUACUGGAGGAGAAGGUGAAGCAGAGCCUGAUCGGCCGGAUGCCCAUCGUGCAGCUGACUGUGCAGUACCGCAUGCACCCCGACAUCUGCCUCUUCCCCUCCAGCUACGUCUACAACAGGAGCCUGAAGACCAACAGGACGACCGAGAUGUUGCGUUGCUCAUCAGACUGGCCCUUCCAGCCCUACCUGGUGUUUGAUGUGGGCGACGGCGCAGAGCGGCGGGAUAAUGACUCAUAUGUGAACGUCCAAGAAAUCAAACUGGUCAUGGAAAUAAUCAGACUUAUCAAGGAGAAGCGGAAGGACGUGACCUUCCGGAACAUCGGCGUCAUCACCCACUACCGGGCGCAGAAGAUCCUGAUUCAGAGGGACCUGGACAGGGAGUUUGACCGGAAAGGACUGGCAGAAGUGGACACGGUGGACGCGUUCCAGGGCCGCCAGAAGGACUGCAUCAUCGUGACGUGUGUCCGAGCGAAUUCCGUGCAGGGCUCCAUUGGCUUCCUGUCCAGUCUGCAGCGACUGAAUGUCACCAUCACCCGGGCCAAGUACAGCCUCUUUAUCCUCGGGCAUCUGCGUACCCUGAUGGACAACGAGCACUGGAACCAACUGAUCCAGGAUGCGCAGAAGCGCGGCGCCAUCGUGAAGACAUGCAGCCGCAGCUACCGGCACGACGCGAUGAAGAUCCUGAAGCUGAAGGCCGGCCCGCUGCAUCGCAGCCUGACGCACCCGCCCGCUGGCGCCCCCGAGGCCGCCCGGCCCCCAGGGGGCCUCCCCAGCAGCACACUGGAUGGCGGCCUCACCACCUCGUCCCCCUACCUCACGCCCCCCGACUCCGGUGAGUCCCCGGUCCCCGUCAAGGACCCCGAGAAGCCCCCGGUGCAGGACCGCCUCCGGGACCCCCGGCUGCUGAGAAGACUGGGUGUCUCCCUGGGUCCCCAGCCCCCCCGCGUCUGCCCCGUGCUGGGGGAGCCUGGAACCCUCGGGGGCAUGCAGGAUCUGAGCGGCCUGCUGCUGUCUGCACACUGCCCCCUGGACACGCUGCCCCCCGGGGAGCCACGGGCUGCCAGCGUCCCGCAGAGGACCGCAGGCUGGGACAAGGGGCCACUGGGUGACGGCGACAGCUACCCCAAGAGACGGAAGCUCCUGUAGGCCGCGGCCCCGUGCCCGCCAGCACACUCCCGUGCAGGCGCCCCCUCGGGAGCGGGGUGGGGGGCGAGGAGCUCGCGCAGAGCUGUGUCGGUAAUAACGUCCUUGAGGUGGACACUCAGGAAGGCGGGUCUCCCCCCGCCAGGCAGGGAGCUCGACUCAGGUAGGAAUGUACAUUUGUAUAGCAAGUCCCGAAACUCUUGGAAACGUCAGAACAUCACUUUUCUCUCCCGGC